AUGUCGAAAUCGGGUAGCAAGGAAACGUUUAAAUCGAUGAACGUCGACGCUAUUAAGAAAUAUUUGCAAGAACGUGGAGUUACUGUAAAUGGCUACCUCAAACCUGCUUUGGUCGAAAUUGCGUCUGCUGUCGAGAAGAUGAUGUUGCCUCUCGAUCCGAAUUUCGAGCGUGAUAAUGCCGACAGCAAUAUAAAAGGUCGAUUAAUAAUUCAUGAUAUUCAAAUCGAAGAUCCGUUCAGUAUGAAAACAAAGAAUGACUUCAUCGAAUCGCCACCGUUUGGAUUGUAUGACAUUUUUAAUCACUUGAUCUACCAUACAUCUGACUAUGAUAAACAAGGACUGGCUGCAUACAAAUCCUACGAAGACUACAGGCUUUUUGAAAAUGGGUAUGUACGGUCUUUGGAAACAUUGGCACUAAAGGAUCCAGGAAUUCAUGUUUACGUUGGGAAAGUUCAACCAAGCAUGCGAUCUAGGACUGACGAGGGGAAAGGUUAUUACGAUCUAUGGUUUAUCUUAGAGGGGAAAGGCCCAAAUAAGGGAAGUGUGAUUGAAGCAUUUUGUAAAUGCAAGGGUGGAAGAGAUGGGGGCUGUAAACAUAUUGCUGCUGCUAUGUAUUCUCUGGAAGCGCUACUAAAUAGUUCUGCAGAAGAGAGCGUUACUAGUGGCCCUCAGGCUUGUCUCUGGGUGGCCAAACCACAAUCCAACACUGAGCCUUGCGAUGUCCAACAAAUUCCAAACUACCCCAUCUGGUUAUUUUUAUUUCUAUUUCUACGCCCCUCAAUUCGCAAUUAA